UCAGCCCUGAAUGCAUCAAUCAUGAUUCAAUCAAAAGAAAAAAAAAGAAAAAGUUCCAUGUUCCAUGCUUGUUGCGUUGUUAUUGAAUUUUUCAUUCUUAAUUACAUCCAUAGAUCAUAGAUGGUAGCAGUGGAAUUGUUAUUUUUUACGGUGAGAUUAAAAAUUUUUUUGUAAACACAGAUGAUUUGUUUUGAUUUCGUUGUUGUUGUCCGGGUAUUAAAAAACGAAAAAUCCAAACGUGAAACAAAUGAAAAAUUGUUUCGAUAUUUCAACACACAAUGGCAUUAAUAAUGAUGAUGAUGAUGAUGAUAGAUUGAUUGAUUGAUGGCCCAAACAAAUUGUGAUAAUUUUAUUUCUACUAACUAAUUGAUCAACCGAUAGAAAACGAAAAUGUCUCUUUGUGAUGAUAAACGUUUCAUUUUAUCCCAUAUUCGUCAUUCAUUCAUUACAUGUGAUGAUACUGGAAUGUGUGAAACAGUAAUGUUAAAUGAACAAUCGAAUCGUUACCCAUAUGAAUCUAUUUAUAAACAUCAUUUUGAUUAUUAUUAUUCCGAUGAUGAUGAUGAUGAUGAUGAUAAUGAUGAUGGUUCGAGUCAUGAUCAACUACCAUCAGCUGAUAAUCAAACAAUCAUUAGUCUGAAUGAUUUCAAAACUAAUGACGAUGAGAUAGAAUUGUUAAAAAAAACUGAAUUAGAAUAUCAAUCGGAAUUGAUCGAUGAUGAUCAACCAACACAAUCAUUGGACAUAAUGUAUGAAUCAUAUGAGAUUGGUAUACGGCGGCGAUCAAAUACUGCUCAAAAAUUGGAAAAACUUAAACGAGAACGUAAAGUACAAUCGAAAACUAAAGUGGUCACAUGGAAAGGUACGACACCGAUUGUUUCACAAAACACGCAAGGUGAUAUUAUACGUAUCAAACGUAUCGUAUUGGAUGCUGAACAACUACCUCAACAGGAACGUGAUUUGCUUGAAUUUGAUCCAAAAGAAAAUGUUUAUUAUGAAACCGAUGCAUAUCGAAAAUUUCUAUUUCCAAAAAAAGAAUUAGAUCCAGAACAAUCGCCUGGUGAUGAAAUUGUCAAAGAUUUGUUAUCGAAACCACGAAGAAAAUCAAUGCUCAGUCAACGAAUUGAACAAUCACCGAUGGCACCGGUCAAUCCAUUCAAUGAAUUUACGCUAUUCGAUGGCCGUCUUAGUGAUAGUACAGCUCAUACGAAAAGGGUUCGAAUUUUUUUCAAUAUUCAUGAAAAUAACCCAGAAUUUGAACCAUAUGAUUUUACUGAGCGAUUUCAACCCUCCAUAUCCGGCAUCAAUUGUGGUCCAAAUUGGAUCGAAGUUGUUGUAUUGGCUAAUGCUCGUGUUUGUGAUCUAAUCGGAUUGAUUUGUUGGCAUUACACACAUUUAGAGAUAGGUCCACCACUUAAACCAGUGCUGACGGCUUAUGCAUUGAAAAUUGCCGAAGAAAAUGGUGAUGUGGAUAAUGAUUUUCCAAGUUUAGGUUUUACCGAUGACGUCAAACGUUAUGGAUUUCCAUAUCUGGCAUUGGUUUCAGUUGUAACGGAAAUAUUUAUCACUGUUUUUAUCGAUUCCGAAGAUGUAUUCUCACAAUUUACUGUCGAUUCUCCCACUACCCAAUUGAAAGAGAUCGUCGAACAAAUUAAGAAACGACGUCCACAUUUAUUUCGUAAUCGAACAUCAGAUUGUCGUCUUGAAUUACGUUCACAGCCCGGUGUUUUGCUUGAUUUGAAUUCACCAGUUUCUAAAUAUCUGGAUAAACACCAUUUGGACACAAUCAGACCAUCGGUGAAAUUUUUAUUGGAAUUCCCGGAAAAAGAUUCCGGUACUAAAUCGGUGGAAACACUAACGGUUAAAGAAAAAUCUUCAUCAUUACCGAAAGGCAUUACCGGAUUACGUCUGAAUAAAUCAUCAUCUGCCUUAUAUAAUCUUGAUACAAAUAAUACAAAUAUGGCAUCGAAAAAGAUACGUGAUCCAAAUGAUUACAGCUCGAAUCUGAUUGAUAUAAUGAAAGCACCAUUAUAUCAAUGUUUCGAUGUGAAUUCAGUUACAAAACUUUAUAAUACACCGGUUGAAAUGGGCAUUUCCGAAGGAAAAUUGGAAAUAACACCCAAAUCAAAUGCUCGUAGUCCGUCUAGUCUGUUGACUGAAAAAUUAUUCUCCCGAUUCCAGGGCAUCAAAGCAAUGAACAUUAAUGUUGAAGAUGUUGUCGACUGUCAUGUGGCACCGUCACAUAAACAAAUUGCUGGCCGACAAGCAUUUAAAAUUGUCUAUUGGAAUGGAAAUAAUUUUAAACAUAUUAAAUUUGAUGCCGAAUCGAGUACGGCGGAAGAAAUUGUUUUUAAAUUACAGAAUGUAAUGAAAUUACGUACAAGCAUACGUCGAAAUGAAUAUCAUACUAUCAAGAAUCGUAAAAAGAAUAUAUCAACAAAAAUUUAUUUCAAAUCACGAUUAUCAUCUGGUUCAUCUGAAUCCGGUAGUGAAGAUAUAGUGAACGAUUCAAUGAUGGAUACAAUGCAUAAUUGUGAUGAUAAUAAAAAUCAUCAUCAUGAUUUAUUUCGAACAUCAAAAUUUCGUAGUAAAUUUCGUGGUUCAAAAAAUAUUGAUUGAUUGAUUGGUGGAAAAUGUUUCGUGAUCAAAAGUGAUAUUUGCAACAAACAAACAAAAAGAUAUUCGUUCGUUUUUCUUUUUUUUUCUUCAUCAUCCAAAUUUUUCCUUAUCUAUAUCGUUUACAUACAUAAUCAAGUUUUACAAAUUUUUUAUUCUGUUUCCUCAAAAUAUCGCACACACAUACACUUUCAUGAAUGUUUUGAUUGUUCUUAUGAAAUACGUUUUUUUUUCAUUUCUCAAUAAAUUUAAUCUGGUCUUUUUGAAUGAUUUAAA